AUGGCGGAACCAAUUGAGGCGGAGAUUGUGGUGGACCCGGAUGACGCCCCUUUCUCGACGCCAAAGCGCCCGAUUCGAGUAGCGAGGCCGACCAUCAAAAUUCGAACCACGACCCGACAGGACGAAGAAACAGUGCAGGAACCGAAGCGAACGAUCAGGAACACAACGCGAUCAGCAUCAAUCGAAGGAACGGCGGAACGAGUGAGCGAAACUAGGAGAAGCAGUGGCGGCGGCGGAAGUAGCGGAAGCAACGAUGGCCGGGCAAUGCUCCAGAAGGCUUUGGAGUUGCUGGGUGAAUCCCGCAAGGAGUCCCAAUGGCUGAAGGAAGCGCUCAAGCGGCAGAUGGAGGUGGCACAGAAGCAGGAAGAAAUGAUACGAGACUUGAGCUUGAAGUUGGACGAAACCACGAAACAGAUGAACGAAGAACUGAAGCAAUCCCGCGAAGAACUGAAGCUGGUCCGCGAGCAACUCGAAACGAUCGCGACAAACGCCACGCAAUCCCCGUCCAUGUCGUACGCCGAUGUUGCGCGAUCAGCCCCAUCUUCCCAACCAACCAACCUCCGAACGAUUUCGUCAUUUAACACAAAGCCGUCUAACCUCUCCGACACGCUGUACUGUACCAUCGAUACAUCCCAUGCUGAAAGCGAAGCAGCCGAGCAAAUGUCGGUCGGCUCAAUCCGAACGAUGGUAGAGAGCCAGAUCCGUGCGGGCGAAGGCGACACCGCGUCUUGGCGGUGCCGAGCAGUAACGAAGGACCCUAGGAACCCCCAUCGAAUUAGGAUUGCUUGCAGAAACGACGACGAACACGCGAUGGUGAAGCGUGUGGUGGAUGCGAACCUAGCACGAGGAGCCCGGAUGCUCCGUGACGAUAUUUACCCGAUCCGAGUGGACAGCGUCAACCGCACAGCUGUACUGGAUGAGAAUGGGGACAUUCGCGCCGGAGCAGCUGAGGCUUUUGGCGUGGAGAACGACGCAACGAUUGCGAAGAUAGCGUGGCUCAGUGAUAGGAGCGUUGCGAAGGCGUACGGAUCGAUGGUGGUGUAUCUGGGGAAAGCGGCGGAUGCACGCCGGUUGCUCGGCGAAGGCUUCUUCCACGCGGGAGGAGAGUCUGGCUACACGAGGCCCUUCGAGCGCCGAGAACGACCGAAGCAGUGCUACAACUGCCAGGAGAUCACUGACCACAAGGCCUACCAAUGCAUCAAGCCCAAGCGCGGCGAGGUACACGAGAGCUUGAUGAACGACAAGGCAGUUAGGGAUGCAACGGUGUUGGCCAUCCAGGAGCCGCAGGCGAGGAUCACCCAAGGCCGCCUCCUCACAACCCCGAUGGGGCACCAGGGGUGGACGAAGAUGGUCCCGUCAACGUGCAGAGAGGGUAGAUGGGCGAUCAGGAGUAUGCUAUGGGUGAACAAGGAAGUGGAAGCGGAGCAGGUGCCGAUGGAGUCACCCGACGUGACGGUGGCAGUUGUCCGGCUCGAGGAGCGGCUGGUGGUGGUUGCGUCGGUGUACGUGCCGGGAGGUGAGAGCCAAGCUCUGCGGAGCAUAUGUGACAACUUGCGACGAAUCGUGUUGGACACUAGACAGCGCGCGGACAGGGUAGUGGAUGUGGUCAUUGCCGGCGACUUCAACCGACACGACCAGCUCUGGGGCGGAGACGAGAUCUCGAUGGCCAGGCAGGGCGAAGCGGACCCAAUCAUCGACCUUAUGGACGAAUUCGGCCUCAGCAGUCUACUACCGCGUGGCACAAAGACGUGGCAGAGAGGGGAGCACCAGUCGACCAUCGACCUCGUCUUGGCGUCUGAAGAUCCGACGAACUCGCUAGUCAAGUGUGCGAUACACGAGACGGAACACGGGUCGGAUCACAGGGCCAUUGAGACGAUUUUCGACGUCUCGAUUCCUACACCGACACCACGGGAGCGCCUACUGUUCAAGAACGCGCCGUGGAAUGAGAUCAAUGCCAGGAUCGAGAGAGCGCUGGAAACGACAGCUUGUGAAGGAACGGUGCAGCAAAAGACGGACAGAUUGAUGGCGGUGGUGAUGGAGGCGGUCCAUACCCUAACACCGAAGGCUAAGCCGUCGCCGUACUCGAAACGGUGGUGGACGGCCGACUUGACACAGCUUCGUCGGAUUUAUACGUACUGGAGAAACCGAGCGCGUGCAGAAAGGCGAGCGGGACCAGCCAGGGCGGAUCUGGAAGAAAGGGCAAAGGGCGCGUCGAAACAGUACCACGACGCGAUUCGUCAACAAAAGAGAAAGCACUGGAACGAGUUCCUGGCGGACAACGACAACAUAUGGAAGGCUGCCAGGUACCUGAAAGCAGGCGAUGAGGAGGCUUUCGGCAAGGUGCCGCAGCUGGUCAGGACAGACAAAACGACGACGACGAACCACACAGAACAAGCAGAAGAGCUACUUACCACCUUCUUCCCUGCCCUCCCCGAAGACAUUGACGAGGAGGGUGACAGACCGCAGAGAGGUGCGGUGGACAUGCCACCUAUCACGAUGGAAGAAGAGGAACGCCAGCUGUUUUCGACAAAGUCGUGGAAGGCACCCGGAGAAGACGGGCUCCCGGCGGUGGUCUGGAAGCAGAUCUGGCCGGUGGUGCGGGACUGGGUCCUGUCGAUCUUCCAGGCAUCACUGGAAGAAGGAACACUGCCCCACCAGUGGAGGCAUGCAAAGAUCAUACCGCUCAAGAAACCGGGCAAAGACAACUACACGCUGGCAAAAGCGUGGCGGCCGAUCUCGUUGUUAGCUACGCUCGGUAAGGUGCUGGAGUCGGUGAUGGCGGAGAGGAUAUCGCAUGCGGUCGAGAGCCACGGUCUCCUACCGACCAACCACUUCGGAGCGCGGAAGCAGCGGUCAGCCGAGCAAGCGCUCCUGCUCCUCCAAGAGCAGGUAUACACGGCAUGGCGAGGCCGGCGCGUGCUCAGUCUGGUCAGCUUCGACGUGAAAGGAGCGUACAAUGGGGUGUGCAAGGAAAGGCUGAUCCAGAGGAUGAGGGCGCGAGGCAUCCCCGAGGACCUCCUCCGAUGGGUCUCUGCCUUCUGCUCCGACCGCACGGCAACGAUCCAAGUCAACGGACAAUCGUCGGAGAGGCAAAGUCUACCCCAGGCAGGACUGCCUCAGGGAUCCCCGUUAUCCCCAAUCCUGUUCCUCUUCUUCAACGCGGACCUAGUGCAAAGACGCAUCGACAGCAAUGGAGGAGCAAUGGCGUUUGUCGAUGACUUUACGGCAUGGGUGACCGGACGGACGGCUCGAGAUAACCGCGCGGGCAUCGAAUCCAUCAUCGGCGAUGCUCUCGACUGGGAGAGAAGGAGCGGGGCCACCUUCGAGGCGGACAAGACGGCCAUCAUCCACUUCACCCGGAAGGACUACAAGUCGGACCCGGGUGCUUUUACAAUCAAAGGUCAAAUCGUUCAACCAAAGAAACACACCAAGAUCCUCGGCGUCAUCAUGGACGCUGGGCUCAAGUACAAAGAACAUAUUGCUCGGGCGUCGUCGAAGGGUCUACAAGCGGCACUCGAGCUGCAGCGACUCAGGGGCCUAUCACCAGCGACGGCGCGACAGCUGUUCACAGCGACGGUGGCGCCGGUGGUGGACUACGCCUCCAACGUAUGGAUGCACGCGUACAAGGACAAGCUCAUAGGGCCCAUCAACAGAGUACAGAGAGUAUCGGCAAAGGCGAUAGUCGGCACGUUUCUCACGGUCGCGACAAGCGUGGCAGAAGCGGAGGCUCACAUACUCACCGCGAAAGAGCGCUUCUGGAGGAAGGCAGUCAAGAUGUGGGCGGAUAUCCACACACUACCGGAGACGAACCCACUCCGCAGGGUGACAUCCAAAAUGCGAAAAUUCCGGAAUUCCUUCCGCUCGCCUCUCUUCCAAGUGGCUGAGGCUCUGAAGGACGUGCCGAUGGAUAGGAUCGAGACCAUUAACCCGCUCACGCUGCUACCAUGGGAAGAGAGAAUCAAAGUCAAAAUCGGUCAGGAAGAGACAAAAGAGACGGAGUCUGCCAGCACGAUCCGUGUCGCGGUCAGUAGCUCAGUGAGAAGUGGAAUGGUAGGUGUCGGUGGUGUCGUUCAGAAAUGGUCGGGGUCACGGGCCGACCCCGCGCUUGAGCCUUUCUCCUUCACGCUAGGCUCAAGGGCAGAGCAGAAUCCCUACAGCGCAGAACUGGCAGCGAUGGCAUACGCGUUGCGGCGGCCGCUGCGAGGGGUGAAAGACAAGAGGAUCAGGGUGUUAACGAGCAACAAAGGAGCAGUGCUCUCACUCAAACACCCCCGUCAACAAUCCGGACAAGCGUACAUGCGCAGUGUAUACGAUUCGGUGGAGGAACUUCGAAAGGACGACAACGACAUCACGAUACAAUGGGUGGCCGCAAGCGAGGAAGACGAACUGCUUGGGAAAGCGAAGGCUCAAGCGCGCGAAGCCACCAAGGACGACGCCACCCCGCAGGCACAGUUUCCAAUGAUGAAGUCAACGACACUCAACGUAGCACGGUCAAAAGUGUCACAAGGACGCGCGCUACCCGAAAAGGUCGGACGAUUCUCCAAGAGAGUCGACACCGCGCUGCCAGGAAAGCAUACCCGCCAGCUCGCCUUCGCGCAUGUGUGGUUGCGGACAGGCAGCCGAGACGGUUGA